CAAGCCUCUUGAACAGCCUCAUCCUAGCAAGUUUCAACUUACAAAGCUACCAGCCGCUCAUCAAGGACCACCAUCUCCACAAAGCCUUUUUUCUGAAAGCACACGGGACCGACCCUGACUAGCACCCUAUCACCCAAUCGCUCAAGUCAUUGUCACCACCGAGCAUCCCUGCCGCUAACUCAAGCCUGCCGCAAUCGGGAUCGCUGCCUUGACUCACAGCAACCAAACGCCAAUUAUACAAAGGCCAAGCAACCUCCACACCUUUGAUUCAUCUCUUCAACAUGUCGACGACAACAACAACCACCACUUCCAUCCAUAGGCCUACUGCCUCUUCCUCUUCUCUCCGACAAGCCGCCAUCAAGAAGAACAUGUCCAUCACACAAACAUACUACCUCGCCCACAAGGCCCGGGCUAAGCUCUCCCGCGAGGCUGCCCAGCCCGAUCACGACCUCCGCCUGCUUGUCGGACACGCCAACCUUCUCGACUCCCUGAUGCUUGAGCUUGCCGACGCCGAGCGGGAACAGGAGCGAUGGUUCAACCAAUCCGUCCGAGGAGCCAGCCCUCAACAAGACCGCCACGUGCAAUGGGCCGACAACAUUGUCGAGGAGGAGGAUGAGGAUGACUACGACUCCGAUUCUUCUGACUCUGAAGACUACGACUCUGAGGAUGAAGACAUUGAGAUGGCCAAUGCCACUCCCAUCAAGGCCAUGAGCCCUCGCAUCACCAAUGUCGAGAUCGAUGAGGAUAUGGAGGAGGACGACCUCGAGGAGGACUAUGCUCAGCUCGAGCUUGUCCGAACACCUUCUCACUCCAACUCACCACCCGAGCUUGUCGACCACGACUCUGACUCUUCCGACGACGACUCGAUGCCACCUUCGCCUCCCCAGCCCAUUCUCAGCUUCUCCGAGAAGGACACCAAGGAGCAGUCGCAAAAGCAACAACAAGACGAAUCCGAUUCAUUCUACGAUGAGGAGUACUACCUGCCACCUCGAAAUCCCGCGAGGCUGGUGUCGGCCAUCUCGGUCUACUAGGCAGAUACUCCUUGAUUGAAUUGUGUGAUUUGGUCUUUUAUUAGCGACUUGUUUCAGAUACAACAAAGCGAUGGCGGCAUUGCAAGGCGUUUUCACUAUACAUCUGGAUACCACACGGACAUUGGAUACACCAAAAAGCAUUGCAUUUUUCUUUUACUAUUAUACACGACUAGAUGGGUUUCAUUGUGUACAGGACAAAGGGGUUACAGGUUUCACCACUCUCAAGAAGAACAAAGGAAGGAACAUCACCAAAGGGAUAUGGGGGAUAUACGAUUCAAUGAGUUGCCGCUCCCAAGAGGAGUCACUGGUUUUGGACAUACUGGUUUGAGUGGCAGCCCUUUUUGAGGAUCCCCCCAGAUGCAAGGUAGAUAGCUCACCAAAAACAGAAAGAGGCCCUAAGAGCAGGAGCCCGAAAACAAUUGAAAAACAUUCAAA